AAAAUUAAACGCUCAAAAAUGUCAAUGCCGAGUCAAAAGACAUUAUCAAAAACGUCAAAAUUAUCAAUCCAGCGUGGAUUGUCACAGACAUCAGCAAACAAAUCACGUCCUGGCAGUUUAUUGUCAUUAGGAAUCCAUCGAGGCAGCGUUGCAUUCAGAAUUGGCAAAGCCGGCUUCAAGGUUCCGAGAUACCAAAAUACUUAUCAACUAGAGUCAACGAAUCCAUUCUCGCACAACAUCGUCGAUAAAAUAUUAAAAAAUAUUAUGACAACAAAGCUCACUGGCGUAACAUAUAAUCCCAUUCUUUGUCUUCAGCUGUGUCAAGAUAUCGCUAUACAAGUAAAGAAACAAAUUUAUAAAGCUGAUUUCAGCAGGUAUAAAUAUAUUGUGGUGAUCAGUAUUAUAGAAAAAGCAAGCCAGGGUAUCCAUACAUCAAUGGGAUUUCUUUGGGAUGAUCAACGCGACACUUAUUCAAAAUAUGUUUUUGAAAAUUCACAAUUUUAUGCUAUUGGAAUUGCAGCGGGUGUUUAUUAUGAAUAA